CUGAACUUUUUCUCUGUUUAUUUAUAUUUCAAAAGGACCACGGUGGAUUUUUUUCCAAGCAACGGAGACACUAACCCCGCAGCGAGGAGUUGAUUUGAUAAAAAGACCGAAGUCACCGAGCGCGUUAGGUAAGCUGGAAAAGGACCAUGGAUUAACAUCGACCAUUGACCACUCCUCUGUGCACAACACACCUCUCGGAGCCCCACCUGUGGGCCGUCAUGGCGGACCCGGGGAUGUUGAGUUUAUUCGGGGAUGAUGCAGGGCUGUUCUCCGAUGGAUUUGAUGGUUUGGGAGACUCCUACCCUCAGCAGGCAGCCUCAGCCCAGACCAAUGCCACCAUGAACCAUGACCACCAGGGGAACCGGCCGUACCACCCGGGCAUGAUGGCACCUGCUUCCGGACAGCCAAAAAUGGGCCAGAUGUACGACCAUGGCUCCUACGGAGGCUAUGAUCAGAGUGGGGCAGCCCCAGGGCGAAUGAUGGCCCAGAAUGGUCCGAGUCAGGGGCCAACGACUGUUAACCCAGCCAUGAACGGCAUGACGUCCCACUACCAUAACAACCCUGCAAACUCUACCAACCCCCAUCACGGAGGCUACCCUGGUGAUGCGGGGGCAGCUGGAGGGGGCUGGCCACAACAGCAGAACAGGUCGCCCUACCCACAGCCCCCCUCACAGGGUGCGCCCAACCAGAUGGGGGGCUACCAGAUGCCUCAGGGCAACUACAGUGGGAUACAGGGCCCUCCUGGUGCAAAUGUGGCACGCAUGACCCAACACUACUCCUCUCCGAGCAUGGCGCCAGCCUCUGCUCAGGACCCUGCACACUACCUGGGACAUGUGGGUAUGAGCGGCCCCCAGAUGAGACAUCCCCAUCCACCACAGCAACAAGGACAGGGCUAUCCCAAUAUGGGCCACACCUCCAGAUACCCCCACUCCCCCUCUCGGCAGCCCCCGCACACUCACCCGCACCCCCAGCAGGGCAUGGGGGGCUAUGCUGGUGGCCAGUACCCUGGAUAUCAAGGCCAGUACGGAGCUAUGGGGCCUGGAAUGAAUCAAGGGGCCAGCUCGAAUGUAGGUCCAAACGCCCAGACCCUGGGACAGAGGUUCCCCCAGGCCUCAGGACCCUCGGCUGGGCAACAGGGUCAGAGGUACCCCCCUGGUACCUCACACCAGCCCCAUCCUGCCCCCAUGCAGCAGGCAGGACAACAGGGCCAGCCUAUGCACCCCAUUAACCACACACAGAACCAAUCCCACCUUGCCCCCCCAGCUCAGGGAUCGUACCCAUCUCCCUCCUCCUUGUCCCCCAUGCGAGGUUUGGGCACCCCGACUCCCCCGCCCCAGGGGAGACCUCCCAGUGCAGGACUAGUGGGACCCUCAGAAGUCUCCGGAUACAACUCCAUGCAGUCGCCACCCCACGCCAUGUCCCACCAACAGAGACCCCCCCAGGCCCCUAUGACUGCCACACACCCCCAGCACCAGCAGCCGCACCUUCCCCCCACUACAGGGCAGAUGUACCCAGGCAUCGGACCACAGCAUGGGGCUCCCAUGGGCCCCAACAGACAUCCCAUCCCACCACAGCAAGGUCCUCACGAAGCCCCGGUGGGUCAGGGGGGUGACCAGCGCCUGCUGCAAGCCCAGCAGCAGGUUUCUCGAAACGGACAGCCCAUGCCUCCUGCCCCCAUGGGCUUCCAGGGCCCCGCUGUGGGUCAGCACGGAGCUCAGGGCCCAAACCAGAGCACUCAUCCCCCACACCAACAUCUGCCCCCCCUCCAGGCUGCACACCCCUGGGCACCUGCUGCCCCCCACCCGCUCUCCUCGCCCCCUCUCACCCCACAGAAAGUGCCUCAUGUUCAGCAUUCCCCCACAGACCCGUCAGGAGAAGGCUCGGUGAUGCUCCCUGACAGGUCGACCGCCUCUGGCCAAAAUAUCUGCACAGAGCAGCCCAGCGACCAGGAGACCAAGCCAAAAAAGAAGAAGAAAAAGAAAGCUAAAGUACUUGAUGCAGAGGAUGAAGAGGAGGUGAAGAGCACGUCAGUCAAAGUAGGAGAGGAGGAUAUGAAGUCUGAAUUUCCCGCGACAGGAAGUGACGCAGGGGAACUAGGAAUUGUAGAGGGAAUUUCACCGCCCCAUGAGAAGAAAAAGAGGAAAAAGAAGCCAAAGGACAAGGCAGAGGGCGCUGAGGGCAAGGAGCCUAAAGAACCCAAGACUCCCAAAACGCCUAAAGCACCCAAAACGCCCAAGACCCCCAAAGAACCGAAAGAGACCAAGGAGAAGAAAGCGAAAGUCUCCACUCCCAAGGCUAAGACGCCCAAGAAAACCAGCACUAAGAAAGUGGAGUCAGGAGGGGGGGCCAGUGCUGCUAAGAAGGAAUCAAAGAGGAAAAGGGAGUCAUCAAGCUUUGAGGAUGUGGAAGUCAAGUCCCCGCCCCCCUCACCUGUGGAGGAGGAUGACGAUGAUGGUGUGCAGAAACGCCGGUCAUGUCGGCAGGUCAAGAGGAAGCGAUACACUGAGGAUCUUGAGUUCAGGAUCUCGGACGAUGGAGACAGUGGAGAUGAGUCCCCUGCUCCCAAAUCCCCCUCAUCUACAUCCCAACAGCAGGACUUUGCAGAGGCAGAGGGUCCCGUUGUGGAAAAGAUCAUGAGCAUGCGCAACACCAAGAAACAGCUUGAAUCCGGGGAAGAAGUGGAGGUAGAAGAGUUCUACGUCAAGUUCAAGGGCUUUUCGUACCUGCACUGUCGCUGGGCUGACCUGGAGGAGCUAGAGAAAGACAAGAGGAUACAGCAGAAGGUCAAGAGGUUUAAGGCCAAGCAGCAACUCAACAACUUCAUAACAGAGAUGGAUGAUGAGCCUUUUAACCCAGACUAUGUGGAAGUGGACCGUGUCUUGGACGUUUCCGAGAGCACAGACGAAAAUGGAGAGUUGGUGACCUUGUAUUUGGUGAAAUGGUGCAGCUUGCCUUACGAGGACUCCACUUGGGAGCUGAAGGCUGACAUCGACCAAUCCAAAAUAGAGGAAUAUGAGCAAAUCGCUGCACGCACACCCAACACUAAAAGAGUGGAUCGGCCCCACGCAGCUGACUGGAAAAAGCUGGAGGGCUCGAGAGAAUACAGGAACGGCAACGCACUCAGGGAGUACCAGCUCGAAGGCCUCAACUGGCUAACCUUCAACUGGUACAAUUCACGUAACUGUAUCUUGGCUGAUGAGAUGGGUCUUGGAAAAACCAUCCAGUCCAUUACAUUCCUCUAUGAGAUUUACAUGAAGGGCAUUCAGGGGCCAUUCUUGGUUAUCGCGCCGCUCUCUACCAUCCCAAACUGGGAGCGAGAGUUCAGGACCUGGACCGAACUGAACGCAAUUGUUUACCACGGCAGCCAGGCCAGCAGGAAGACCAUCCAGGCCUACGAGAUGUACUACAGAGACGCACAGGGUAAAGUAAUAAAGGGAGCGUAUCGGUUUCAUGCUGUAAUCACCACUUUUGAGAUGAUCCUGGCUGACUGUCCCGAGCUCCGCAGCGUCCAAUGGCGCUGUGUGGUCAUCGAUGAAGCCCACCGCCUUAAAAACAGAAACUGCAAACUACUGGAAGGACUCAAAAUGAUGGACAUGGAGCACAAAGUGUUGUUGACAGGAACCCCCCUCCAAAACACUGUGGAGGAGCUCUUCAGCUUACUCAACUUUUUGGAGCCAGAGAGAUUCCCAUCUGAGCAGACUUUUAUGACUGAAUUUGGAGACUUGAAGACUGAAGAACAGGUUCAAAAAUUGCAAGGCAUUUUAAAACCUAUGAUGUUAAGAAGACUGAAGGAGGACGUAGAGAAAAAUCUUGCACCAAAAGAGGAGACUAUCAUUGAGGUUGAGCUCACAAACAUUCAGAAGAAGUAUUACCGGGCCAUCCUGGAGAAGAACUUUUCGUUCCUGUCUAAAGGGGGGCCAGGAGGUGGAGGGGGAGGAGGUGGUGGAGGAGGAGGAAGUGGCAAUGUUCCAAAUCUGCUUAACACCAUGAUGGAGCUGAGAAAGUGCUGCAACCACCCCUACCUCAUCAAUGGAGCUGAAGAGAAAAUCGCAGAGGAGUUCAGAGAGACUCACAGCGCAGAUAUGCCAGAUAUGGCUCUUCAGGCCAUGAUCCAGGCUGCGGGGAAACUGGUGCUCAUUGACAAACUGCUGCCCAAACUUAAGGCUGGAGGCCACAGGGUCCUGAUCUUCAGUCAGAUGGUCCGCUGCCUUGACAUCCUGGAGGACUACCUCAUCCAAAGACGAUAUCCGUAUGAGAGAAUAGACGGCAGAGUUCGUGGAAAUCUCCGACAGGCGGCAAUCGACCGUUUCUCAAGACCGGACUCUGAUCGAUUUGUGUUCUUGCUGUGUACAAGAGCGGGAGGGCUGGGCAUUAACCUCACUGCUGCCGACACCUGUAUCAUCUUUGACUCAGACUGGAACCCACAGAACGACCUCCAGGCCCAGGCUAGAUGUCACCGUAUUGGGCAGUCAAAGGCUGUAAAGAUCUACCGUCUGAUCACGAGAAACAGCUACGAGAGGGAAAUGUUUGACAAGGCCAGUCUGAAGCUCGGGCUGGACAAGGCUGUGCUCCAGAGUAUGAGUGGCCGUGAGAACGCUAACAGCGGGGUCCAGCAGUUGUCCAAGAAGGAGAUUGAGGACCUUUUGAGAAAAGGUGCCUAUGGAGCUCUUAUGGAUGAAGAGGACGAAGGAUCUAAGUUUUGUGAAGAAGACAUUGAUCAAAUCCUGCAGAGACGAACACACACAAUCACGAUCGAGUCUGAGGGCAAGGGGUCUACUUUUGCCAAGGCCAGCUUUGUCGCAACUGGAAACAGAACAGAUAUUUCUCUUGAAGAUCCUGAUUUCUGGCAAAAAUGGGCCAAAAAGGCUGAACUGGACCUUGAUGCCAUUAAUGGAAGGAAUACACUGGUGAUUGACACACCACGUGUGAGAAAGCAAACGCGGCACUUUAGCAGUGUGAAGGAGGACGAGAUGAUGGAGUUUUCAGAGUUGGAGAGCGAUGACGAUGAACCGAGCAAGCCCACAUCCAAACCACGAAGACCCCAAGACAAGACACAGGGCUACCCACGGUCUGAGUGCUUCAGAGUGGAGAAGAACCUCCUAGUCUAUGGAUGGGGACGAUGGGGUGACAUCCUUUCUCAUGGCCGUUUCAAGCGCCCCUUGCAGGUGUCCGAUGUAGAAACGAUCUGCCGAGCCCUUUUGGCCUACUGCCUGCUGCAUUACCGUGGUGAUGAGAACAUCAAAAGUUUCAUCUGGGACCUGAUCACCCCAAGCGAGGAUGGGACAACCAAAACACUCAGUAACCAUUCAGGUCUGUCUACCCCUGUACCUCGCGGCAGAAAGGGCAAAAAGGGGAAACUCCCAGCCCCUGCCACACAGAUGCCCCGUGCAGAGUGGCUGGCCAGCUGCAACCCUGAUCACCUACUGCAAGAGGACAGCUACAAAAGACAUCUUAAACACCACUGCAACAAGGUGUUGCUGCGUGUGAGGAUGCUGUACUAUCUAAGGCAGGAAGUCAUUGGAGAUCUGGCAGAACGCAUCUUGGAGGGAGCAGACUCGAGUGAGUUGGACAUCUGGAUUCCUCAGCCACUCCACGCUGAGGUCCCCGCUGACUGGUGGGACAUUGAGGCCGACAAGUCUCUGCUCAUCGGAGUUUUCAAACAUGGCUAUGAGAAGUACAACUCGAUGCGAGCCGACCCGGCGCUGUGUUUCUUGGAGCGAGUGGGCAUGCCAGACGCCAAGGCGAUCGCGGCCGAGCAGAGGGGCACUGACAUGAUGGCAGAUGGCGUCGAGGGUGAAGAUGAGGAUCCCGAGUACAAACCUUUGCGUAUGCCUUUUAAGGACGACAUGGACGACUUCACCAACUCCCCUCUGGAUGACACUGCGGAUGGAGAGACUGAAGGUAAAUCUGAAAACGGGCAAGUCAUUGCUUCAGGAAGUGGAGCUCCUGGACCCAACGAGAAGCUUUACUGGCCUGCGGCUUCGGCCCUCACAGCCCGCCUGCGUCGCCUUAUCACGGCUUACCAGCGAUCAAACCGCCGAGAACUGCUGCGUCAAGAGGCCCUCAACAGACCGGAUGGCAGGAGAAGGCGGCGGCGUGAUUUUAUGCCAUCAAUCUCCAUGGUAACCGAAGCUGGGGGCGGGGCAACUGCUUUCCUUCAAGAUGGCGCCGCGGUGUUCAUGGCGGACGGAAAUGCAUACCUGGCCAAAGGAGGAGCGUACUUCGCCAAAGGGUCGCAGUUUAUGCCAGAUGCUUCACCAGUGUUGGCUGCUAGUCCACUGAUGCCUGAUGGAGCUAUGUACUAUGAGAGGAGACAGAGAUGGACCCGUCGUGAGGAAGCAGACUUCUACCGUGUUGUGUCCACUUUCGGUGUUGUCUUUGACACAGAGAAACAGAAGUUUGAUUGGGCUCAGUUCAGGUCCAUUGCCAGACUGGACAAGAAGACUGAUGACAGCCUUGAGAAAUACUACUAUGCCUUUAUUGCCAUGUGUAAACGAGUCUGCAGGAUGAAGAAUGAUGCAGAGCUCCCAGACCCCAGCCUUAUCAUUGACCCCAUCACUGAGGAGCGUGCCUCUCGGACCCUGUACCGGAUUGAGCUGCUGCGGCGCAUCCGAGAGCAAGUCCUGCCCCAUCCCCUACUUUCAGAGCGACUGAAGCUGUGCCAGCCCUCUCCUGAUCUGCCCGAGUGGUGGGAGUGUGGCCGCCAUGACCGCGACCUCCUCCUGGGAGCAGCUAAACACGGAGUGAGCCGAACGGAUUACCACAUACUCAACGAUCCUGGUUUGUCCUUUUUGGAAGCUCACCAGCGUUUUACAGGCCAACGGGGGUCCGGAUUUACCACGGCAGCCCAGGGAGAUGUGGCUAAAUCGGUGUUGGAGGGCAGCGCUGGGCCCCUCCCCACUCCAGCCGAACUGGCGAGAGCGGCCGAGGCUGCAGGCAUGGCCCUAAAUUUGUCUAUUGAUGAGGGAAAGGAUGAAGUUAAAAUGGAAACCGAAGAAAAUGUUGACAUUUCUUGCACCAAAGUUGAACCUGCUAAAGUCAAGGAAGAAGUUGCUGUCAAAUCGGAGGUUAAAACUGAACAGGAAGUUGAACAAAUGGACACAACAGAGGUGAAGGAGGAGAAGGCUGUAUCUUCACCAGUCAAAAGUGAUGAUAAGACUCCUAUUGAAGCUGUCGGGGACCAAACUGAGAUCAAGGAACAGCCCGCCUCCCCUCCCAAAGCACAAUCUGAAAUCAAGAUAGUGGAGGAGGAAGUGACAGAGGUACAAGUCAACCCCAAGUCUCCAAAAUCUCCCAAGUCAGCUGACCCUGAAAAGAGUCCAGAAGAGGAGGAGGAAGAGGAGAGAAUGGACGAAGAUGACAAAUCUGAAAAGUCAUCUCAGGCUGAAGCGAGCGCACCAUCUGAGCAGAAAAACUUUGACGAGGAGAGCAUCGCAUCUUUGAGCACAACUGCCAGAGAUGAAACCAGAGACGGAUUCUGUCCAGAUGACCUCCCAGAAACCUCAGCUCUGCAGGCCUUACAGGAACGCACGUUUGCCUUCUCCUUCUGGCCCAAGGAUCGAGUGAUGAUCAACAGAAUGGACAACAUCUGCGAGGCCGUGCUGAAGGGGAAGUGGCCUGUGAACCGUCGCCACAUCUUUGACUUCCAUGGAAACCUGUUGCCUGGACACGGCUCAUCCGUCUCCACGCCGUCUGUCGCCGCAGGGAUGGAGCAGCGGCGGAGCUUGGCCGAGCUGGCGAUGGCCGGCCUCCACACGGGCUACAGCGGGAGUGAGGACACCACGCUGUCUCCACAAGUCCAUGAGGAUGCUCUUGGUCUAGGAGUGCCCAAACAGAGGCGUAGAAGGAGGAGGAAGAUUGAGAUUGAGGCGGAGAGAGCGGCGAAGAGGCGUAACCUUAUGGAGAUGGUGGCUCAGCUCCGAGAGAGCCACUCCACUACAGAUGCCCAAAGUCAGGCCAUAGACUUAACAAAGGGUAUGCACCACAAAGCCUCUCCCUCAUUGGCUGGUUUUUCGAGUGGCCUUAGCCCCUCCCUCAAGGCUCAGAUGGACCUGUUGCAGGCAUCCUCCACGGGACACAGGGCCAAUGGGUCUUUGGACAUGGACCUUCCACUGAUGAUGAGGAGGAGGCGGGGACGAAGGAAAAAUGUGGAGACCCUCGACAUGAUGUUUAUGGGAAACAAGAGACCCUCUGGGGAUGAGGCAGAGACUGUGAAGGUGGCCAAUGUGGAAGCUGCCAGCAGACCCAUCACUGUGCCGGACCAGAGCCCCACUGGCCGCUCUCUGGCCUCUGGAAGUCUGGACGACGAAGAGGCUGCAGUGUCCAACAAAGACCUGGGGGAGUGGUUGAGGCAGAACCCCUCAUUUGCUAUGGACAUGUCUGGAUUCGCACCAAAGACUGAUGCAGAAAUGCUCCUGUCUCAGUUCUCAAAGCCCAAGCAGAAACGCCCAUCGCUGCCGAACCCAAACAAGAUUGACAUAAACACCCUGACCGGAGACGAGAGGGUGCCUGUAGUCAAUAGACGCAAUGGACGCAAGAUGGGUGGUGCUAUGGCUCCCCCCAUGAAAGAGCUCUCCAGAUGGCUUUUGGAGAACCCAGAGUUUUCCAUUUCCCCUGAUUGGACAGACAUUGUGAAACAGUCUGGUUUCCUCCCAGAAGCCAUGUUUGACCGCCUCCUCACCGGCCCGGUGGUGAGAGAGGAGGGCGUUAGACGAAGGGGGCGUCGGCCUAAAUCUGAAAUCGCCAAAGCCGCAGCAGCCGCACAAGUGGCAGCAGCUCAGGCAGCUCAGGCUUCUUUGGCCUCAGCAGCAUCCUCUGCAGGAGGCAUCAACCCUCUGCUGCUGAACAGUCUGUUUGGUGGGAUGGACCUGUCUUCUCUUCAGAGCCUCCAGUCUUUACAGUUGGCCGCUGGACUCAUGGCCUUCCCCACCGCUGACCCCAAACAGGCUGCAGCCGCAGCCUCCAUACUUCCUCUCAUGAUGCCAGGAGUGGGUGCCCUUCCCAAUAUGGCCGCUCUGCCCAACAUGUUCAGCUUGGGAGGUCUGUUCGGCAGUAAUCUCACUGCAGCCGCCACUGCUACUGCCACCUCCAGUCCGUCUGCCGCUACUGUGUCUGCAAAUACCAACGGGACAUCUGAGGAGGGUGAAGAUAAGCACGGCAAGAAUGAAGACAAGGAGGUAGAAGAGGUCGAAGGAGCUGAGGAUGGCGAAACAGAGGCAAAGAAGAAAGCUGAUGGAGAUGCCAAACUUUCAGUGGAUAAACCAGCAGAAGAGGCAGCAGCACAAGCCUCCACGACUGAAUCAGCUGAUGCUACUCUAAACGGAGAUGCUGCCGCCCUGCUUGCCGCUGCUGGAAUGUCCGCCAACUCUCUCGCCUUUAACCCUUUCCUGCUCUCCACAGUGGCCCCGGGACUGCUCUACCCCUCCAUGUUCUUGCCUCCAGGUCUGGGUGGGCUCAUGCCAGGCUUCCCCUCUGCCUCCACACUGGCUGAGCUGCAGACUGCCAUGGCCGGAGCACUAGGGGGCACCACAGGGCCCUCAGACUCCCAAAGCAACGAGAAGGACAGAUCAGAAAAGGAUGCAGGAGCUGAGGACGAUGUUGGACACACCCAAGACUCCCUGCUGGACGACGGGGCGAUGGCUGCGGAGGACGAGGAAGAGGAUGAGGAGGAAGCACAGUCUCCGCAGAAGGACAAAAGUGACUGAAACAUGAACUGAAUCUAGCCUUGGACAUUUCCUCACCUCUGACCUCUUCACGUUUACACGCCUCCAGCAGAAAUAUCCAAACUAUUAACGACUGACUUUUGUGUUUUGUUUUGUUUUUUUUUUCUUUCAAUUGUUGAUUUUUCAGUUUGUAUUUUGGGCCAGGUGUAUUCGCUAUGUGUCAGAGAGGCGGGGGUGUGACAAGUCUCUUUUGACCGAUAGUUUAGUCAGGGAAAAUCCUCACAAAGACUGUUUCUAUUUUUCUGGUAGAGGCCUUCGUGCCCACUCUUUUCUCACCAUCUCUCAGUCGGACUCACCAGGUUCCACUAGUACUAUUAUUAUUAUUGUUAUUAUUAUUGCUGCUUUCAGCUCUCAAACCAUGGUUCUCUUUAGUUUCAUUUCCUUCUUUUUCAGGAUUGUUUGUUGCUGGCAGCGUCUCUUGAAUCAGUGCUUCUCAAAUGGCAUUAUUAUCCAUUGUUAACCUGUCUGACAAAGCUGCUGCGAAGGAAAAUGUAAUGGUUGAUUUAACUGUUUUACUUUAGAGCAGGUAUUUUUAGUUCUCACAUAUCCAAGAAAAGGCCAGUCUCACUCACUGCCUAUACAUUACUUCACCCAUACACUAAAGAACCCACGGUUAGACUGUAUGAGUGAACCAGUACUGUCAGUCCCACACUGUUUGAUCCAGUAUGUCCACUGCCUGGUCCAGUCCCUCUAUAGACAAGUGAUGGACAGGUCUUCCAGGCCCCAACAGCGCCACCUUCUGAGGGUUCCUGUGAAUAGACCAGAGCAGUGGCACUUCAGGUAGAUGGUUCUUCUAUAACGAGGCACAUCAGCUGAUCGAAUUCCCAUUUGCUGCCACAAUGAAAAGUUGUUUUUAUGUUAUUUUUGCUACACAUUUUUUCCGAUAGUUUCAGACCAAGUGCUGCUCCCUCGUUUGUUCUCUUAAUAAAGACUGUUCUAUAGUCAAACACACUGACUCUGGCCUGGCCCCACAGCACACACAUUUCAGUCCAUUUGAAAUACUUGAAAAGCACACAGGGGGUGCUUGAGUUGUUUUCGUGCCCAUUCCCGACCGCCUCUAGAGGUUCAGACAUUUGGAAGUACAUUCACUGUGGCCAGGUCUACUACACUUGCUCCAGCAGACAGGCAGACUCUCCCCGGCUUCACAGGGCCAACUGGACAGUGCUGGGGUCACCUUUGCUGUCACAGGCCCUUCUCUGCUGAUGCUGAGACAGCAAUAACCAAGGCAGCUUUUGAAUGUCCAACAUCACUCACCCACACUCGCAACACACUAUAUGAAUAACCACAAGUGUCGUAUGAAUAGAGAAAACUGUAAAUGACAGAUAUGUACUGCAAUCAAUUUUGUCUCACUCUGUUCCUGUUGAUGCACUGGUGUUAAAGAGUUAAAAUAAUCAGGUACCUUUAUUACUUAGCUACUUUUCUUGAAAAUGGACUUUUUGUUACUUUUAGCCAGCAAGCUGAAGAGCAUUACCUCAAAAUUCUUAUCUAGCCUUGAAGUUUACAGACAUACCAUGUAAAUGUUUUUCCUCUUUUUUUGGUGUGUGUCUUUUUGUUUUUUUGUUUUUUUGGAGACAUCAUGUAUGAUGAAUUGUAGCUAUGAUGCUUUUAAUAAAAGUGAAUCAUGAUAUUCGCCUAGGAAACCAAA